AAACUAUGAAACUGACAGAGGUAUCUGCAAGUGAUAAGCUAGAAAGUUUUCGAGCAUCAAAAGAGCAUUUUAGAGGAUUAAGUUUUCCUACUAUUUCAUCGGUUGGUCCAAAUGCAGCUAUCAUUCAUUAUUCUCCAGAUGCAGAAACAUGUUCUGAGUUAGAUCCCGAUAGCAUUUAUCUAUUUGAUUCUGGAGCGCAGUAUCAAGAUGGAACAACUGAUAUAACUCGAACUGUUCAUUUUGGAAAACCUUCGUCACAUGAGAAAGCAUGCUAUACUGCGGUUCUCAAGGGUCAUAUCAGUCUGGGUAAUGCUCGAUUUCCUAGUGGAACCGCUGGACACACACUUGACAUUCUUGCUCGUGUCCCAUUGUGGAAGGAUGGCCUUGAUUAUCGACAUGGAACUGGUCAUGGAACUGGAUCUUACCUUAAUGUUCAUGAAGGACCCCAUUUAAUUAGUUUCAGAACGCCUGCUCGGCAUGUGCCAUUACAAGCUUCAAUGACUGUAACAGAUGAACCUGGUUACUACGAGGAUGGGAACUUUGGCAUAAGAUUGGAGAAUGUCCUCGUAAUCAAGGAGGCUGAAACAAAAUUCAAUUUUUGGUGA